UAUACCGUUUUCAUUUUCCCCUCCCUGGCACGGCUCAUUCUCCCUCAGGUGGUUUGGUCUCUGGAAGAAGAGAAUCGCGCCCUGCAGGCGGAAUAUGAACAGCUGCGCCUGAACACCCCAAUGCUUGCCGCUUCGUUCAGAGGCCAAAAUAGGCUAACGGCCUAUCAGUCCCACGUCCAACGGCAGCAGCAACAAAUGCUACAUAAUCGGGAGCGUAGCCAAACUGCCUUGGGUGGACAGUACAUUUCCAGCCAGUACAAUAGCCUCCUCCACCCUUCAAGCUCAAUGAAUGCUGCCGCCUUGCACAGUCUGCUAACUGGGCUCGACACCAGUUCGAAUGAAGAUGCCAUCGAGUCAGGCACAGCUGCUGGAGCCCCAAGUGGUGGCCUCGGACCCUAUUCCUUAAGCCUCUAUGAAGGAGGGUCUGGCCUGGCUGGCAUCGGUGGUCUCUAUGGCGAUGCCACACCGAGCGCUUCAUCCGCUCGUAUGGGCCUAAAUAAAGCGUCUACAUCCAGUCUUGGCCGAGCCACCAGCGCUUUGGGGGGACUUAACAGAGCUGGCCUUCCCACGGCCUAUUGGCAGUCUGGCAUGCGGUAUACACUCAACGGCCCAGAGGCAGAAGUACCCAUCUCAACGGGAUUGGGGUCUAGUAUUGCAGGUAGGAGGGCUGAAUAG